ACCAUAUGUAGUUCAUCUUUUUAAACUCUUUAAUUAGGGUACAAGGAAAGUAGAGGGACUUAUUCUUGACAUGCAAAGGAUCAAGGGAAAUAAUUCAACUUCAAUUGUAAAGAUGGACAGUGGAAUAAAACGUAGUUAUGAUGAUUUUAGUGGCCGAACCAUCCGUGCAAAUAAAGUAAACUUCAAGGUUGGAGCCAUAGAAAAGAUGAAGAAUCUAAUGCUGGUUCAACUGGACUAUGCAACUUUUUCUGGGAGCUACAAGAAGUUGCCCAAAAAAUUACGACUGCUCCGUUGGCAUGGACUUUCAAUACAAUCCAUACCAAGUGAUGUACCUUUGCAAAAUUUGGUAGUUCUUGAUUUGCGUUAUAGCAAAUUAAAAGAAGUUUGGGAUGGGUUCAAGGUAGUUGGAUCUUUGAAAAUCCUUAAUCUCAGUUAUUCUGUGGAGCUUAACAAAACCCCUGAUUUUGAGGGACUCCCUAACUUGGAGAGUUUGCUCCUUUCAGGAUGCUUAAGUUUGACCCACAUUUGUAAAUCCAUUGGCUACCUUGAAAGACUGGUGUUGUUAGAUGUUAGGGAUUGCAGAAGUUUGAGGGACAUUCCAUGCUUACCAAGAUCUCUGGAAUCACUAAAAAUGGAAGGUUGCCCCAACCUUGGAGGUCUUGGACGAGUUCGAUGCUUGGAUUCAUGUUCACUGUCUUCUCUUUUGGUAAACAUCGACGUCUCAGGAUGCAAUCUCUGUAAUAAUUCUUUCCCAGAGGAUUGGAGUGAUCUUUUAUCAUUGAAGUUCUUAGAUAUAAGCAGCAAUCAUAUUACUUCAUUACCAGCUUGUGUCAAAAGUUUACCUAGUCUUGAAGUACUCAAUGCUCGCAAGUGUUCAUAUCUUCAAUCAGUUCUGGAUGUCCCCAAAACCGUAAUCUAUCUAGAUACCACUUUGAAUUUGUCCUUGGAGAAAGUUCAACCAACACCAAAUACAACCUUCUUGGCUGUUUAUGGAUGUGAAAAACUGUGUGUAGUGGACGGCUGUUUUAAGCUUGAAUCCGUAAACAGAUUUGACAGGCAGAUUAUAAGAUAUCUUGGUUUAGAAUCGAUUUCAGAAAAAGGAAUGGGGUUCAGACUUGAUAAACCAAAUGCAUAUACAAAAGAGGUCUCCAUCAAGAUAUCAUACGAGUUUGGUAUAUUCAGUACCUAUGUUUUUGGAAAAACACUUCCAUGUUUUAGGUAUAAAGAAAGUGGACCAACAAUAUCUUUUAGAGUUCCUUCACAUCCAAAUGGUUCAAGAGUAAGCGGACUGAAUGCGUGUUUCAUGUCUACAUGUGUUGAAUAUGCAUUGUUUUUCUACGUUGAACUCAAUAACAAAACUAAGGCCGUGGUAUGGGACUACAAUCCUACAAUGCAUCUAACACGUAAACAAAGUAGUAAGUUUGAUUACGUCUGGUUAAGCCUUUGGCGGACUGGCAAUCUACUGGAUGCUGGGGACGAAAUUAGUAUCACUUUGUAUGGAAGCCAUAUAGUAGAGGAGUGUUGUGUAAACCUCGUGUACGAUGAUGAUGAAGUCCAGAAGGAUAGCCAAGAAGAAAUGGAUGCAGAAAAGAAGGAUGCCCAUGGCAUAUCCAAUCAAAUUUUGUGGACUGACAGACUGCUAGUAGAGAUAUCAGAUUAUGUUCAUAGUGGGAAAACAUAUUGCUUUAAGACUGGUGGUGGGAUGGACGUUCCUACUAUCAAUGGUAUUUCUGAUUUAAUUGUGGAUUGGUGGGGCCUAAGAGCGAACUGGAGGUGCAGACACGUUAUCGCAAGCGUGUGAUUUGAAGAAAUAAAACACCCGAUGGCGAUUCCCCUUCAUGUAUUCAUCAUAGUGAUAGCAUUGUCUCAUAUUUUGAACAUCACAAAAACAAAUGUGUAUUUUGAGUUGAGUUUUAGGCGCUGGAUGAAACAAUGGAUUGAUUUAUAAGUGGUAAGCCUCAUUGGUUACUAUUUUUAUAACUAAUGGUGGCUCAACCAUAUUUGACAUCGGGGCCAGGGCCGGCCCGAAGGGUGUGCGGGAUGGGCGACGGCUCAGGGCCCAAACCCAUUGGGGGCCCAAUUUUUUUGUUUUUUUAUUAGUUUUACACUGUAAAGUUAGAAUAUAUAUCAGAAAAAUACCAUCUUCAAGCACAUGGUUUGGUGGUUCGAAAGUCACUUUAGUAAU